CCUCUUCUGGAUGUAGCACAGCGCAAGCACCGCCUCGUCCUGCCUCUCAACAACUGCUUACAACACGGUUAUGAAAAGACGAGCUUUUGAUCCACAUUAACAGUAGACUUCCAGCUUCAGUAGCUACUGUAGCGAUUUUUGUCUUAUUGAUAUUUCCUGAAGUGAUCGCGGUUUACAGCGUUGCCUGUGCACUUGAGCUAUUGUGCAUUGACGGAAGACCCAGAACUGACAAAUUUAAUGAUGACGACAUCAUGGAGUGAUCGACUUCAGGACUAUGCAGACCUCCCGGCAAACAUGGAUGGCCUGGCAAUGAAGAAAUACAGGAGAGAGGCCUACCAUAGAGUGUUUGUGAACAGAAGUCUGGCCAUGGAAAAGAUUAAAUGCUUCGGCUUCGACAUGGACUACACUUUAGCAGUAUAUAAAUCACCUGAAUAUGAAUCUUUGGGCUUUGAUCUGACUGUGGAGCGGCUGGUCUCCAUUGGCUACCCACAGGAACUUCUCGGUUUUGUUUACGACCCCACUUUCCCUACAAGAGGUCUUGUGUUUGACACCAUGUAUGGCAACCUCCUGAAGGUGGAUGCUUAUGGAAACAUCCUGGUCUGUGCCCAUGGUUUUAACUUCCUGCGAGGCCCUGACAUCCGAGAGCUCUAUCCCAACAAGUUUAUCCAGCGUGAUGACACAGAACGCUUCUACAUCCUCAACACACUUUUUAACCUUCCAGAAACAUACCUCUUAGCCUGCCUGGUUGACUUCUUCUCAAACUGUGACCGAUAUUCCAGCUGUGAAACAGGCUUUAAGGAUGGAGAUCUCUUCAUGUCCUUCAAGAGCAUGUUCCAAGAUGUCCGAGAUGCUGUAGACUGGGUACAUUUUAAGGGAACAUUGAAGGAGAAAACAGUGGAAAACCUGGAGAAGUAUGUUGUAAAAGAUGCAAAGUUGCCAUUGCUGCUGAGCCGCAUGACUGAAGUCGCCAAAGUUUUCUUAGCCACCAACAGUGACUACAAAUACACAGAAAAAAUUAUGACAUACUUGUUUGACUUCCCCCAUGGCCCAAAGCAUGGCACUCCACACCGUCCGUGGCAAUCGUACUUUGACCUCAUCCUAGUGGAUGCUCGAAAGCCUUUAUUUUUUGGAGAGGGAACGGUUCUGAGACAGGUGGAUACAACCACAGGGCGACUGAAAAUAGGAACAUACACUGGACCUUUACAACAUGGCAUUGUUUACUCUGGAGGUUCCUCUGACACUGUAUGUGAUUUGCUCGGAGCAAAAGGGAAGGAUAUUGUGUACAUUGGGGAUCAUAUUUUUGGAGAUAUUCUUAAGUCCAAGAAGCGACAGGGAUGGCGGACAUUCCUGGUGAUUCCUGAAUUGGCUCAGGAGCUACACGUUUGGACAGACAAAAGCUCUCUAUUCGAGGAACUGCAGGGUUUGGACAUUUUCUUGGCAGAACUAUACAAGCAUUUGGACAGCAGCAGCAAUGAGAGGCCAGAUAUCAGUGCCAUCCAGAGAAGAAUGAAGAGAGUCACCCAUGACAUGGACAUGUGCUACGGGAUGAUGGGAAGCCUGUUCCGCAGUGGCUCUCGGCAGACUCUGUUUGCAUCUCAGGUGAUGCGCUACGCUGAUCUGUAUGCUGCCUCUUUCAUCAACCUGCUCUACUACCCCUUCAGCUACCUGUUCAGAGCCGCCCAUGUGCUGAUGCCCCAUGAGUCCACAGUGGAGCACGCCCACGUAGACACAGAGACAGAGUCUCCUCUGGCCACACGCAACCGCCACUGUGUGGACUGCAAGGACAUCGACUGCAAAAGAAACCAGCUCACACGCUCCAUUAGCGAAAUCAAACCGCCCCACCUGUUUGCUCAGCCGCCACAGGAAAUCACACACUGCCACGAUGAAGAUGACGAUGAAGAGGAGGAGGAAGAGGAGGAGGAAGAGUAGAUGUUUUUGGCCUAUUCUAGGGUAAAGAUUCAUAGGAUGAUGAUGAUGAUAGAGUGAUGAUGAUGAUGAUAUCGAGUGAGGUAGAAAAGGAGGAGUGGAAGUAUGAAGUAGACUAUAAUUGCCAAACCAAGCUCAAAAAGCUGAUGUCCAUAGUACCAGAGUUCAGUUCACCCUCCAGUAAAGAUGACUAAAAAGAAUGAAUGAAAGUUUGUUCAAAAGAACGUUGAAUGGUAUCUGGAAUCGUUUAUCAGUCACUAUAUAUAAGCACAUGUGAUAAACAUCCAAUGGAAACACAGCGGAAGGACACUCAUGAGUUUACACGAGACUGUCAUGUAUGUAUCAUACAUGUAGCAUGUUGGCUAAAUCUUGCAUUAACUUUCAUACAAAGACUCGAACUCUGUUAGGAUGAGUGUUAAUGUCAGUUAUUGGAUCCUUAAAGAUACACAACUUAGUUUUUAGGUAUGUUAUAGUCAGAUUUUACUGUUAUUUUAUAGUUUUUAUCAGUUUAGGCACAACUUUUGAGUAGCCAGUCCAUCCAGUCAGAUUAGCUUGGUUACUACCUCCAGCAAAGGCUGUAUCCAAUAAUUGUCCCUUUGAAAAAAGUGUGUGUGUCUGUGUGUGUGUGUGUAUGUUGGCAGAGUGUCUGUGUUGAAGUUCUGCAUGUGUUGGGAAUCUGAAUGAAGCACAGAAAAAACGAAGCAUGGUUCAUUGUGACGUGCGUGUGGAAAUGCGGCCAACACAAGAAUCCUGUUACUUGGCAACAGCAUGUAGCCGCUUUUUUUUUUUUUUUUUUUUUGAGGUUUGUUGUUAACCUCUUGUUUUUCAUCUUUUUUCAUGCAGACAUUUUGGCUAGAGCUAGUGCUACAGAGUAGUGAACAGAUUCCUCUCGUGUUAGGGUUCACAUAGGCGCAAAAUGAGUCCGAACACACAGACACAUCAUUUCACUGUCUGCUCUAAACGGUUAUGAUGUCACAAAAAAUGACAUACUGUAUUUUUAUACUAUAUAAGCUAAACAGAACGGUCUAGUUUUGUCUCAGUCGUAAUGUGCCAUUAAUAUCUGCCUGACAGAAGACAGAUGCAGUUUAUUCAAACAUCAUAUAUACAGUAAGUGACCUUGAUAUGCAAAAAAAACUUAUAAAAAUGUGUUUUAUGGCCUGAGGAGCUUGUCGAGAUGUAUCGGUCAUUGAGAGAAUACUAGUAAAAUGAAGAUAACAGCUGGACAUUCUGAAACUGAGAAAGAGAGUGCUGUUGCUCUGGUGACUGUUUCUAUGGAAAUUAAUGUAGUCCUGGCUAAUGUUUGAACUCUGUUGAUGGUUUACUCCCAUGUGGACCAAAACGGUGUUGAGAAAUUGUGUUUGAUUUAGCUUCAAGGAUCCCAUUAGACACUUUUAGGUGUCCCCACAGUAAGAAUGUGGAGUUUUUAAGAAAUGAAUGUCUUGAGUGUUACGGUGGUUCACGGUUUAGGAAGCUGGUUUAGCUCUGGGAAGUGUUCCAAGUGCAUGAAACAGGUAGAUUAGGAUGGUUAGUGUGACUUUUAUAUGCAUUAUUCUAAUAUAAUAGUAUGUAGGAUCUGAUUGAAUGAAGCUACCCAAUCCAUAGUGCAACAUGUAUUACUUGUAUGCAUAUUGUAACUUUUUAUUUUAGAGAAUGUAGUUUUUAAUGGGUCUGACUGUCAGUUUUCAAAAGGGAAGACCAAGUAGGUCUUAUAGUAUAAAGGUUUGUGGUAAGGCACAAAAAUAGUUUUCUAGGUUUUCAAAUGUCUCUUUCAAGGAACCAGUUAAACAAGUUUAGAGAUAUUUUUAAACGUACAAUGCAUAUUUUAUCUGUGUCAAUUUCAGUUUAUAGUUUAAAAACAACUGGACAUCCUAAAAUGGGGCAGCUCUUUCAAAAUAUACCUUGUUCACAACAGCAUUUCUCUUUCAUCUGUUUUCAUUAGCUUUUUAUACAAACUCAGUAUUGUAUAUUAUAUGGCUGGCUCCCUGGACAUGGAUUAAAACUAGUCCUGGGCUAAUUUGCACUGGUGUUGGCCGUUGUCCUUUUUAGUUGUCUAUGCAAGGGAAACUGGCUUAGAUUAUAUAAUUAUAUAGAUUAAAUAUUAUAAUAGAAAAGGCAUUGAGUUUAAACAGUAUUCAUCCAAUUAUCCCAGUAGUCAUUAUUCUUGAUACCUCCUUAAUGGGUGAAGAUCUCAUCUUUUUAGUCAUAGAUAGCAUUGUAUACAUCUGUUUCAACCAGUGUUUUCAUAUUACAUUUUGGCAUAGUUUACAGUAUAGUUGUGUGUUAAACAUGCCAACAACUUACUAAUAUACUGAGUUUUGCUCCUUUCUAUUUUUUUACUUUUUCCUAAUUUCUGAAAUCUUUUUUUUUUUAGUUCAUGAUGAAGGCAAACAUUUUUUUUUUUUUUUGUGAUUUUUAUUAGCUUUCAGAUUCAAAGAUCCAAAACUGUUGUGUCUGUAAAUUAGAUCAAAAGCAAAAUAGCCAUGGCAUUUAUUAAUCCCAUUUCUUUUUUGUUGUCGUUUGUUUGUUUAGGGCAUGUAAUUUCAUGUCUCCAAAUUUAAGUUUUGCUUCCUGAAUUAUGAUUUAUAGAGUUCUAAACUUAUACAAAUGGGAAAUUGCAUUGCAAUGUAAAAUAAAGAUAAUUUUCCUUAAAAAAACUCA